CGCGCAGCCGGACGCGGCGGCGCCGCCCGCUCCGGCCGCAGCUACGUCUCCCCCUCCGGCUCCGGCGCCGACUCCUGCUCCUUCCGUUUCCACUGCCGCGCCACCCACCUCAGAUUCCAACCCUGCUCCUGCUCCCGCUCCAACCCCAGUCCCCACCCAAACCCUAGAGCCCCCGACUCCCAUCCCGGCCAGCGUGAGGCCGCCGCCGCCUCGCAUGAGGCCUCCGUACACCCACCUAGCCUCGCCCAUCACGAUGACCGCCUCCUCCUCUCCCGCCACCGCCGGGGCCUCCUCCGUGGCCUCUGCAAUGCCAAGGGGAGGCGUCGCCCUUGGCUUGCCUGCUCACACGCGUGGGGCGCAGACGCCCAUGGGCUAUACCGGGUUCGUGCCUCCGCCGCCGCUCGCUCACCAGUUCAACCCUAUGCAUCGUGGCCCGGACCAGGCUCCGCCGCCCGCUCCCCAGCUUAGGCAGCCUGCCCCUGGGAUUCAGAAUAUUGGGAUGAUUGGUUCCCUCAGCACAUCUCAGAUGAGACCAGUAGCAGUCUCUGGUCCACAACAACCAAGGCCAGGUCUUCCAUCAUCAGCGGCACCAUCUGGUAGCCAAAUGCCAGGUUCACAACCAAGGCCAGGAGCAAUCUCUGGUCCGCAACAGCCAAGGCCAGGAGCAUUCUCUGGCCCGCAACAGCCAAGGCCGGGAGCAAUUUCUGGCCAGCAACAGCCAAGGCCAGGAGCGAUCUCUGGUCCGCAACAGCCAAGGCCAGGAGCAAUCUCUGGUCCCCAACAGCCAAGACCAGGUCUCCUGUCAUCAGCGACACAAUCUGCAUCUGGUAGCCAGAUGCCAGGUUCUCAAAAAACCCCCAUGCAUUCUUUAACAAGACCACUGUCCAUGGGUUCUCCUUCGAUGGCUUUACAGCAAACUCAGUCAAAUGUAUCAUCACAAUUUAGGCCCCAACAAAGGCCACAAGUUCCACAACCAAGACCCUACAAUGUUGCACAGUCUGCACCUAUGGCUUCGCAUCAACAGAAUGUACUUUCAGGACAGCAGCAGCACCUACCUCAGCAACAACUUUUGCAGCAGCAGCAGGUACCUCAGCAACAACUUUUGCAGCAACAGCAGGUACCUCAGCAACAGGUUCUGCAGCAGCAGCAGCAGCAACAACAACAACAACAACAGCAGCAGCACCAAAGUCAGCCACAAAGUUCCUCACAACAAAAUCAGCAAAAUACAACACUGAAAAACCAGCAGCAAGCUGCUCGGACUCCUGUCUCAUUGACUCAGAAGCCUGAUACUCCUGCUACGCUACAAGCUAAUAAUACGCAGCUUCUGGACAUGGCUUCCGCCGAUGCAGCUGCUGGUGAAUCUAGUAACCGGCUACUCUCCAAGAGGAGUAUACAUGACUUACUUGCACAGGUAUGCUGCACUUCCUGA